GUUUAAACUCCGCUGCGGCAGUGGACGGCAGGUGACAAUGGAGGUGACAAAAGCCUUUGUCACAACCAAACAUUUAUCUCUCUUGUUUCUUGUCCAAAUGCAUCUGUCUAAGCUCGUAAGACGAUCUUGUGUAGUAUUAUUUCAAAUAGAUGUAGUAGGAAAAGUGUGGUUUUUGAGGGAUGCACGAAAUGUGGUGUGAGCGAGUGGUAACCAAUAGUAGUUUGAUUAUUACAGAGCACAUAGAGUAUUACGUAUGUCACAGGUCACACUACUUCGUAUGCUCUCUCCAGAUCUGUCGGUCGAUUCUAUUAGCGCGUUCAAUUAUUGCUUCAAGCUGAGAUGCCCCGUCAAAAACCACUGCCUCUGGGGUACGUUAAUGACCACGGCUACACGGCACUGGUGAAGAUCAGUCUCUCAAACUUGUCUGUGACUCCGUGUCUGUGUUAUCCCCUGAAGACUUGCGGCUUUGCAUCAAAACUCUCGGACAAUUCGGUCGACAAGCCGAUACGAACUUUGCGCUUACUGCCGCAGAAAGCCUUCUCUGGACUGUGUCGGAUUCGAUCCAGGCAAAGCGCAAGGAUGCAGAAAUGGAACCUAAAUAUAGCACGCUGGCGGCUGUGGAUGUGUCUGCUGCUGGAAGUUCUGGGUCUUUGUACUGACGCUAGGCACCAAGUUUGUGUAGGUGCCAUCCAGACCCUUUUCCGUGCAAUGCAACUUACGGCGCCACGCUUACGCUGGAUACUUGGAAUGACUGCAUAUGGAAGAUCACAUUCCCGCUACUCGACGCGAUAUCUAUCGAAACCUGGCGCAGUGCCUUUGAGCCCGGAACUCUGCUGAAUUCUGGCCUGGCAGCACUCAUCCCGGAACACGUGACAAGAACCAGUGCGUGGCAGUGGGGAUUUGGAACAGGUGGGAUAACGACUUGCGAAAGAUAAAGACUUUCACUGUCACUAA